AUGGCGUCCUCCUCCACCCCAGCAUCGCCCCUCCUCUACAGCUGCAUCGCCUACGAAUCCACCAUCCUCGCCGAACACACCUCCUCCGCCGUCUCUGGCGCCAGCUCCACCGCCAGCCUCAUCCUCCCCAAAAUCCAGCACGAAUCGGCGCAGAAACUGACCUACCAGCACGAAAGCUCCAACAUCCACUUCAUCGCCGACGCGCCGCCCUCGAACUCCAGCCCGGACAACCUCAGCGGUGGCGGGCUCACGUACCUCGUAGUCGCGAAAGGCGACUUCAGCAGACGGAUAUCGUUCGGGUACUUGGUGGAGAUCAAGAAGCGCUUUUUGAAAGAGUACGAUGCGGAGCGAACGAACUUCUCCUCGCUACCGGCAUACGGCGCGGCGGCGUUUAACUCGCAGCUCAAACAGUUGAUGAUGGAGUACGGGACGACGAAGGCGGGGCAGAACGAUGCGUUUGCGAAUGUGCAGAGUGAGAUUGAUAAUGUGCGCGGGAUCAUGACGGAGAAUAUUGAGCGGGUGUUGGAGAGGGGGGAGAGGAUCGAUUUGCUGGUAGAUAAGACGGAUCGGUUGGGUGGGAGUGCGAGGGAUUUUCGGGUAAGGAGUCGUGGGUUGAGGAGGAGGAUGUGGUGGAAGAAUAUGAAGUUGAUGAUUCUGUUGGCGGUGGUGGUGGUGUUCUUGGUGUACUUGCUUGUGGGGUUUGGGUGCGGGUUGCCUGCAUGGGGACGGUGUGUCGGCCACUGA